AUCAUUGGCAUCAUCCUAAUUCGCACGACAAGAUGGCUGCUAUUUCUAUAUUCUCACCAUCAUCCUCAGUAUCGUCAUGGUGACAGUCUUCACCAUCGUCUUGCAAUGUGCUCUCGCAGCUUUGGUGGCCCGCGUGGUUUACCUCUGCUACUUCCACCCUCUCGCCCGCUAUCCAGGCCCAUGGCUUGCCCGCUUCACCGACAUCUGGAGGCUUCUCAGCUUUCUCAACGGCAAUCACCAUCUAACAGAACAGCGUCUCCAUGAAAGAUACGGUCGGGUAGUCCGUAUCGCUCCCAACUGGCUUUCAUUUUCAAGCCUGGAGGAUUUCGAGACCAUCUACGGUUUUCACAAAUCCAUCGAGAAAGGGGAUUUCUACACUUUUGGUCGGGGCCGUGGCGGCGGCAGCGGGAGCAUCUUUUCAACCAAGGAUGAGGCCACGCAUCGAAUCAAGAAACGAAAGAUUCUAGGCCCGGCCCUGUCCAGUACCAAGGUUGCCGGGUAUGAAGCUAUUGUCAGCAGACAUAUAGAUGUGUUGGUGUCCCGGGCAGAGCAAGGUCUUGACGAUCGAGGAAAAGUGAACAUGGCGCCGCUGGUUCAUCGAUUUACUCUCGACACCAUGCUGGAGGUCAUUUUUGGCCCUUCUCUCUCUGCUCAGAAGCCGUACACCGACACUCCGGCUGGGGAAGGUCUCACCUCAGUCCUCCGCGUUCUGACAAAACGGGCAUGGAGUUUCUCCCUCUGGCCUGUUUUCGGAUGGUUGAUGAAUACCCGGCUCGCGAAUGCGAUCUUACGCAGACCAACUCAUAAUAAACAGGGUACUCCGACCGGCAUGUCUGCCCUCUUCCCUGCCAUCCAGUCUCUCAUCUUUGCUCGCAACAAGGAAACCGCCGAAUCACCGCAACCUGGGAUCGUGAAGAAUUGGCUUCAGGUUCCCUCUGAUGACACACAUCGCAUGGAACUGAGGGAGAUUUUCUCCGAGGCAGCUAACCUUGUUAUAGCCGGGCCAGGGAGCACCGCUGCUGCUGUGACAGCGAUACUAUUCCAUCUGGGAGCAAGAGAGGGCCAAAUCUGGCAGGACAAGCUCCGUAAAGAAGCUAAUGCAGCGCCUUCGUCAUCGACAACCCUACCUCCACACCUCAACGCAGUCAUCAAAGAGACGCUUCGCCUCCGUGCCGCCUUUCCGACAGCGUUCCCACGGGUAAUCAGGCCAGGUGCAGAAACUGCUCUGUCCUCUACCCUCUCCGCUCCGCUACCUGUUGGGACGACCAUCUCAGCUAACACAUAUGUCCUUGGUCGAUCGCGCGAGAUAUGGGGCGACGACGCAGAUGAUUGGGUACCACAACGAUGGGUGGGAGCUAUUAGUGAGUCACAAUAUCGCGAGAUGGAAACCCGGCUGGUAGCCUUUAGUAAAGGCUCACGAGGCUGUGUGGGACGGGACCUGGCAUUGCUUGUCAUCGGUCUGGCGGUGAUGGGGAUUGUCAAGAAGUGGAGGUUUAGAAGUGUGGGAGAGUUAAGUGGGAAGAGUUUUUUGGAGAUGCAGUAUGAUGAUUGUUGGAUCGAGUAUGAGUCAAUCCGAUGA